UAUUCGGCGGUUGGGUGUGUGUGUGUGUGCUCAUGUUAGCCAGCACAAAAACAAAACACGUAUGGACAGACCCCGACUCCCUCUCAUUCAAUGCCAACUAAUCAAUCAUUCAAUCGAGUCACACACAUGCACAUCAGGGGCGCUUUUUCAUCUCCAUCAAGCGGCAGUCGGUACAGUUCGUGAUUGGAGCUUGAUGAGAGAACAGGUACUGUCCGAAUCUAAGAAAGUGCUUCUAAGUAAAGUAGUAAUUGUAGGUUUCGAGUUCGCUGGUCUUGGUUUUUUAUCUUUUUAUCUUAAAACCACGAUCUGAUUCAAUCCAUUUGCGAACAAACCAUACAAACAGCCGUUUACAGGGUAUUAUAAUCGCGUGUUAGUCAACACUGUCUCUAGUGGGCAGGCCUUGCCGGUAGUACAAACAGCUGAUUGGCUUGAAGUAAACAAAAAAGAUGGCAACAGCCCUCCCAGAUCGCUUCAGCGCUGGAAAGCGGCAAUUUUGGCGUGAAUUCCUGGCUCUCUACCAAGGUAUGCCGGAGUUGUGGGAUGCCCACCACGUAAAUUACCGCAACAAAGAGCUCAGGAACAGAGCCUACGAGCUGCUAGAGACGAAACUUAGGGAAAUCCAGCCAAACGCCACACGCACCGAAGUGGGAAGGCGAAUUAACAUCUUCAGGACUAACUACAGGCGGGAGCAGAUGCGUAUCCUCAAGCAAAAGGAGCUGGGCCUACACUCGGACCUCUGCAAGCCGACCCUUUGGUUCUACGACUACAUGGGAUUCCUUCUCACACAGGAAACCUUUCAGCACAGAAGCAAAAAGGUACGGAUGACAAUCAACGAUAAGCCAAAGCCAGUAUUCCAACUAAACAGAGGCGUUAUUUCUGAUCCGUCCGAAGGCCUGGGGGACUGGCACAUGAAGGAUAAAAGCGACACAAACUAUUUACCUGAUCUAGAAGCCCAAAAAUCCGAAGAUACUUCCCUUUUGAGUCCAAAAAUUGACGAUCUCAAGGAGGAAGCCGACGACAUGCAGAUUUCGGUUUCUAAAGAUCCCGAUUGCUCCACGCAUGCAAACCUGAAAACUGGAUGCGAAAGCAGCCGGCGACCAGGUCAUUCUAGUCUAAGUGAGGCAUCUGAGGUGCUGGCAAGAUCCUGGGCCAUUCAGUACGAGGAGAUGGCCCCAACUCAGCGCAUAUUGGCCAGAAAGGCUAUCGCUGAUAUUUUGUUCGAGGGCUGUAUGGGUAACCUAAGAAUAAAUCGUGGAAAUACCGUGGGGAAUCAUCAGUAUAGUUAAAUAAGUAAUAGAUUUUAAUUUAAGAUAAGAUAUUUGAGAAAUGUAAAUUACUUUAAUUUCUAUGUAGAAAUUGUUCU